AUGGACGACUCCCAACUUCAGUGCAUCAUCUGCAACAAGCAGCCCACCUUCAGCGACACUUCUCACCUGUUGACCCAUGUGGCUUCCAAGGCUCACCUGGCCAACAGAUUCGCGCUGGAGGUUCGCAAGGCGACCGACAAACGUGCUGCCAAGUUGCUGGAAGCAUACGAUCGCUGGCACGCCGCUAACAACCUGGACAAAUUGCUGUCUGCUCGCCUCGCCUCCAAGGAACAACGCCGGAAGAGGAAGCCGGAGAACACUGCGAUGCACUUGAAUGCGCGGGCCAUACAUGAACCAGUAUCCACUAACGGGCCCAUUGGCUCAAACACCCUCGCCGCUCUUCCCGGUUCGGAUUGCAUCGACCCACGCUUGGCUAGCUCUUACGAUGGUACCCAUGAGAAAAACGCGAUUUCUCCUGUCACUCCCACUACCUGGACUGCGAUCAACAGCAGCCGAAAGACUCGAUCAGGUCCGAUCCGCCGAUCGAUGCGAUCUUCGGCGAGUGCAAGUUUGAAUGAGACGAAGCUGAAGAUUGAGCCUAACUCGAACAUUCAAACCCUCGCAACGUACCCCGUAACUCCCACGCAGCCUCGACGCAAGAAGGCCGCAGAGGAAAUUACAUGGGUUUCGGGCCUGGAGACUCCCGAACCCAUUGUCGACUCCAUCCCCCGUACCCAGGCAUCGGGCAACGUUGGAAAAGAGAAGCAGACUCGAGCCCGUGCCGACGAAGUUGCACGACUCAAAGGUGUAUAUUGGCCCGGCAUGGACUGCUUUGAUGCAGCUACGGAUCAUAUGCGUCGCCGCCGCAACCAGAAGAAGGAUGGUACUGUGCUGAAGCAGAUGGAGAUUGGCUCCCUGCUCGUGGAGCCUACUGAAUUGGUCUUCUCUUCUUCGGGAAACUUACUCAAGGAACGUGUCAUUACGGGGAAUGUCGAGGAGAACAGUCCAUUGAAAGGAGAAACCCCAGUCCCUCGCCGCCGCCAGAACCGUUCCAAGAACGUCUUGGCGCCCAAGGACCUCAAUGUCCCCCGCCCUGCGGACCGGACUCGACAGAGCCUUGCUGCACAGAACGCCCGCAAUGUCACUGGCGUUGGAUCAUCCAUUCAGAACCAGUCAUCUCGUCAUCGUGGCCUGAUGGGUUCCCACAAAGCUCAAACUUCUUACGAUGGCAAGUUUGACAUGACCAUCAAUGCAUUUGGCAAGCGAGCUAGGAGUGCCUUUGACGUAUUUUCCGACGAGGAAGACAACAACCAAACCUACCCCAGCGACAGCAUGAAUGAGACACCCAAAGGACAAAUUGACACGCUGACCCCCACUCGCCUUCUGUUGGACCGAAAGCCAGCCCCCCGCGGAGCUCGCCCCUCAAAGAUUGCUCGCACAACAGCCGAUAAAGAGAACAUCGAGCCUAUUUUGAAUUCUCGUGGCCGAAUUGGCUCUGGCAUCGGUCUUCCCGGCUGGCACUCUUCAUUCGCCAAGCCUGCGGUAGGCCCCGGUGGCUUUGGCCCUCAUUACCUCAAUGAGCACUCGCUCCCUGGUCUCGGCGGCUCCUUGAAUGACAUUGACAUUACUGGAUACCGAUCAAACCCCUUGUUUGCCAAUCCCAGUGCCUAUGGUAACCAACUCAAACAGCAGUACGGAGACAAGCACGAUGAGUGGUCUUCAACUGUAGAUAUCGCCGCUUCGGAGGAGACUGUCCCCGAGGAAGAUUUCGAGUUCCCUGGGGUCUACUUGAUCUCUUCGACCGACUGA